CCCACCCCCGAGACCCUGCUUCAAUCAGCGGCGUCCCGCGCCCAGCCCCGCGCGCCCAGCCUGCCAGGGGAGCUGUCCCUGCUGCCCCAGCCGAGCCAGGGGGAGAGGGGGCUGCUCGGAGCAGACGGUCCUUUUCCUCCCAGCUGUUGCCCGAGGAGGGGUCGGAGGCGGGUCCGGUUGAGCCCGGCUCCUCCCGGUGGCUCCGGCUGCCCCGAGAUGAGCAGCCCCGAUGCGGGCUACGCCAGCAGCGACGACCAGACGCAGGCAAGGUGCUCGCUCCCCAUCAUGAUGCCGGCCCUGGGCCCCUGCCAGUGGGCAGAGUCCCUGAGCCCCCUGGCAGACGCCAAGGUGAAGAGUGAGGCGGCCCCGGCGGGGGCUGCGAGCAGCCGGGCCAAAAGCGAGUCCCGCAUCCGCCGGCCCAUGAACGCCUUCAUGGUGUGGGCCAAGGACGAGCGCAAGCGGCUGGCGCAGCAGAACCCGGAUCUGCACAACGCGGAGCUCAGCAAGAUGCUGGGGAAGGCCUGGAAGGCGCUGUCGCUGGCGGAGAAGCGGCCGUUCGUGGAGGAGGCGGAGCGGCUGCGGGUGCAGCACAUGCAGGACCAUCCCAACUACAAGUACCGGCCGCGCCGGCGGAAGCAGGUGAAGCGCCUGAAGCGCGUGGAAAGCGGCUUCCUGCCGCACGGGCUGGCGGAGGCGCCGGGCUCCGGGCUGGCCAGCGAGGGCAGCAGGAUGUGCGUGGAGAGCCUGGCCCUGCCCUACCCGGAGCAGGGCUACCCCGCCGUGCAGAGCGCGCUGCCCCCGGCGCUUGGCCACUACCGGGACUGUCAGCCCCUGGCUGCCGCCUUCGACGGCUACAACCUGCCGACCCCGGACCCCUCCCCGCUGGACGCGGCGGAGACCGAGACGGCCUUUUUCACACCGCCCCUGCAGGACGAGUGUCAGCUGGCGCCCUACGGCUACCCCGCGGCCGAGUACUCCACGCACGGGGCCGAGAGCCAGGCCAGCGCCGCGCUCCGCAGGCACCUGCCCCGCGCCGAGCCGCUGGGGCAGCUCAGCUCCCUGCAGAGCCUGCUGGGCUGCCAGGGCCCCCUGCACGCCUACUACGGGCAGCUGUGCCCGCCCGCCGGCCCGGCCCGAGCUCCCCAGCUCCCGCCGCAGCCCUGCCAGCCCUCGCCGCCGCCCGAGGCGCAGCAGUGCAGGGAGCCGCUGGAGCACCUGUCGCAGGACGAGCUGCUGGGCGACGUGGAUCGCACCGAAUUCGAGCAGUAUCUGCACUUCGCCUGCAAGCCCGAGCUAGGGCUCCACUUCCCGGGCCACGAAGCCGGCCUGCCCGCGCCAGACGCCCACGGGCCCAUCUCCUCCGUGGUUUCGGAUGCAAGUACUGCUGUGUAUUACUGCACUUACCCAGACGCCUGAGAGACACGGUCACUCCCAGCGCUCUCGCUGUGUGAAGUAGCUGGGAGUGUGUGGCGGACUCCCUGGUGAUGGGAAGCCUUGUACAGAAGGGUGUGUGCUUUGCUCCUAUUUAUGUAAUUUAUUGGAAUCUUCACUGGAGCUAUGGGACAGCCAACCUGGGUCGAAAAGUACUUAUUUGUUUGAGCUAAAACAUGAUUGUUAUAACAUACAGGUAAGGGUCUUCUAUGGCUGGCUGACCUGCAACUGGUUCAUCUGUUUUAUAUGUCAAUGUCUGUCUGUUUUGUAAGAGUAAUGAUAAAAGUGGUGCCUCUUGCCCACAAUGUUUUUAUAGUUAAACUUUUUAAAAAUGCCUCC